GCCAAUUGCUGUUCCAGAAUCGCCUUCAAUUGAUUGUGCUGCACAUUCUCCAUGAAGAUCUUGUAAUGGAGAAGAGAUCUUCGAGGAUGAGCUAAAACACAGAAGCUGUAAAGCUUCUGUUACGUGACAGAGAAGUGGGGGAAGAAGAAGGAUGUAGAAAAGAGUUAUUUCAUUACUCAACAUCAAUGUACAAUGUAUCUUGGGGUAUUUAAAGGGGAGAUAUUUUGGAAAAUAUCUUCAACUACCUCUAACCACUCAACAACUUCUUAACCAACUCUCCCCUAAAAGCUCAACUGUUUCCCUACUGUAACACUUUGUCUCGCGUCCAGCGGUCCAUUCCAGAAUUUCAAGCGUCCGACUUCCAAAGUUGUAGAUUCGGCCAUCCUCUCGCGUCUCCUGCGGCGGAAGAGUCUUCGGCCAUUCACGCUGGCGUAUCUCUCAAAUUCCAUCUAACCUUUCACCUUCGUCUCCAUGAUUUUGAGUAGAUAUUCGGACGGGGAAGAUCAUUGGGCGUGGUUCUGAGCGUAAUGAAGUUAGAAGCCAAGUGCUCCUCACCGACAUUCUUUCAAAACUAUCUGGAGAUGAUAGCCACUCAAGAACUCUCCGAAUUUCUUCAAAUGGAGAUUCGCCUCAAAUUCGAGGAAGAAGUUCUUGAAUUCUACAGAAAUGGAGAAGUCAAAACUGCCCAUUCAAAGAAGGACCCACAGAGGACGUUUCCAGUCAUCAAGUCCACUGUUGGGGGUACAAAAGUGAAGCUUUUGCAGAAGAAAUUGGGAGAAAAGCUUCGCCUUCCCAAUUCUGGAACUGAAGUUGGGAAAUUUCCAGUCAAAUAUCUGGACUGGAACAUCAUUGGAAUCUCUAGGCAAGUUCCUUCUGGCCCAGCGAAGAAAGUAGAUCUAAACAACGAUUACAAGUUGGUUUUAGAACUGGUCAUCGCUUGCCUCGAGUGUGGAAGUGGAGGUCACGCCGAUGACAUCACCCAGGAGAGAGCCUUCAUCAUCAACGCUCUCAUUACCAAAACUAAGGUAAACUGGGCUGCACACUUUUUUAAUUCCAUCUCAAAGCAUUUGGGAAAGCCCAACCAGAAAUAUCUCUGUCAAGAACUAUACCUUGGACAUAUUUUGGAGUCUAUGGGUAUUGCUUCUAAAGGAAAGAAGUAUGAAGAAAGAUACUGGUUAUACUAUCUGUCUUCAAAAGGGGAAAACAGAGCUGGUACUAGUGCCACUGCAGAAGAAAGCUCUUCAGAUAACAUCCCACUCAUCCAUAUGACGAAGACUACCAAAAGGAAGAAAGUGAUGUCUCCCUCCAUUGAAGCACCACAGAACCUUGCCUUGAUAUGUUUGGAAGAAGAAGAAGAAGUCUCUGACCAUGGAGAACUUCAAAGGAAGAAGAAGAGGAAAAUCAACUCUCCAUCAACAUCUGGAAAUGUCAAUCCGAAUGAGUUGAAGGAGAAGGAGCCUGCUGAGGAAACCUCUACCCAAAACCGGAGUACUCAACAACUUGAAGAAGAAACUCCUCAAGUCCAAAGCCUUCCAACCCCCUCAUCUCAGCCUCAUACAGAUGAUGCUGACAACAAAUUCUGGCAGCUCUACUAUAAUUGGAGAGCUUGGAAAGUUGGAAAUUCAGAAGAGCAACUGUUGGAUUGGGACCAACAGCUGAAGAACCUGCAUAUGGAAUACCUGGCCAACUCACCAGUUUCAGACUGUGAAGCAGAUGAUGAAGACACUGCAGUCUUCAAGCCAGUCUUCUCAAAAGCUAUAGAAGAUCAAGUGGCUCUCACUUCUGAAGCACAUGCUACUUUGGAAGCAACAACUGAGGGUUUCCAAACAUUUCCGGAAACCUCACCUGCCUUCGAAACGGAAACCUCACCUGCAUUUCAGGAAACUUCACAUGCUUCUGAAAUGGUUCUGACUGAAGUUGUUCAAGAGAAGGCAACCUCUCCCCCACAAGAACAGAACGAGGAAACAGCAGCAGAAGAAGAAAUUCAGCAACUAAUCCAAUCUCAAGUUUUAGAGACUCUCACAACUCCUAGUGAGAUCUCCAAUCCUACUGAAACUGAGAUCCCGGAGAAGUCAGCAAAAACUUCAGAACAGUCAGCUCUUCCAGAAACAAUAGAGCAAGCUGUUGAAGUGCAAAGGAACUCUGGAGAAGCUGAAAAGGAAAAUCAAAUGGAAGAAGUGGAGGUCUGUCAAACUCUAGUAGCCAUUUUUGAAGAACAGAAUGCAGAUGAAGAAAGAGACUCCCUCUCUAGGGAUAUAUCAAAUUUUGCGCUUGAUGAAGCAGAAGGUGAAUCUGAAAGAACACUGAAGGUCACUGAUGAAGAAGAUGUACAAGAAGAUGCUGAAUCUCUUCCUAUGCAACUCUUCCAAAAAACACCAUCUUCUCAUCAGGUAACCAACUUCCAUUUUCAUAGCUCUUCCACUCCUACCCUUCCGGAUGAGAUACCGGAAAUCUGGACAAAGAAGGUCCAAGGGCUGAUUGAAUCAGCCCUAGCAUCUCAACAUGCCUCCUUUAGGCAAGAGAUAGAGCAAAUGGAAGCCAAGUACACUCAACUGCUAGAGAAAUCAGAAGAGAAACACACCGCAGAUCUAAAGGAGAUAGGUAAAUCAGUAGACAAGACUCUAGAGAUCAUCUCUCUAUUGAGUAACACUGUGAGCAACACUAUGGAAAUAUAUACUUCUGAUAGUCAACUUCAAUUCAAAGAAUUCAACAAAGUCAAAGAGCAAAUAGCGAGUGUCACAGUUGGUCUACAAAAACAGAUGUCCCUUCUUCAAAUGGACAUCAGAUCCGCCCUAGCAGUAGCUUCAGCAAAUCAGGUAGUAAUCAAAGACUACUUGAAGGUGAUCAUUAACAAUCAAAAGGAAGCAUACAAGCUGUUCAGACUUAUUGGUGCACAUUCUGGGAACCGCAAGAUGGAAGUGAUUCUCCAACAACACAAUCCAUCUCCAAUACCACAGCUCCCUAUUGCAGUCAAAGAAGGAGAAGCAUCUUAUAUCCCUUCUCAUCUGAACAUGACUAAUCUGAUCCUUGAAGCACAACAAAGAAAUCCGGAAAACUCAGCACAGCACCUAUCCAGCUCAGGACUGGAUGGAACAGAGUUUAUAGGUGCAGUUGUUGACCACUUCUCAGAUGCUGCUCAAUUAGAGGAAAGGCAUGAAAAUUUAAGGCGCAUCAAAGAACUGUGUGGGAACAUGCAGGGCAUCAGUGAGGUUGCCGGAUCUUCAAAACGCAAAAGGAAUUGAAGGUUCUUUUCAUCAAACCAGGGGAAAAGGCAAAUCUCUUAACCAUUCAGACAUCUGAACCAUUAAGAGGCUGAAACAAACAGUCUGAACCAUUAAGUGCUGAACCAUUCAGACAUCUGAACCAUUAAGAGGCUGAAACAAACAGCCCCUUAGUUGAUUUUGGAGACAAAAUUGAAGUACUUCCCACUUGUAUUUGUAUUCAUACCAAGGCUCUCCACUAUAAAUAGAGGCCUAAUCCCUGCAUUGUAAUCACAAUUAAGAAUAAGAAGAAGAGUGAGAAGUUAAUAGAGAGAAGAAAUCAGAAAUAUAUCAUAUCUAUUAUCUAAAUCUCUAAGUAGUUUUUCUCUCAUUUUAUAAAACGUUAUCAGCACGAAUUUGCUCAAAAUCCCAGAAUCCUUGUUCUUCUCAGAAGGUAUAUUUAUUUUAUUUUCUUCAUGAAUAAAUUAAAAUAUUUUCUUAAAAACUAUAAGAAGUAUGCUCUGUGAUUGCCCAAAGUUGGGAUCCUUCACAUCAGAAACUUAUAGUUAUAAAAUUAAAAUUAGAUAAUUAAAAGGAAGAAGUUUCCUCAUAAUAAUAAUAAAAAAUCAUUUUUUUUAUAAACUAAAAACAAAGAGUUGAUUUAAUACGAAUUAUUUAAGAUUAAAAAAAAUUAUUUUUUAAAAUAAAGACUGUUCUUGAAAGAAAAAAAAAUCAUCAUUAAAAUCAAGAUAUGAUGAACUUACCUUCCUGCUACUCUUGAAUUCUUCUUGUACACAUCUUUGAUAGAAAUAGAUAAUCUCACUUUAUAAUAUUAUUUUUUUUAUCCUUUUCUCUCGUUAUAAGAUUUUUUCAAAUUUGGGUUUAAGAAUGAAGAUUAAAAUAUGGUAUGAUAUAGCAUGAAUAAAGGUAUAAGGAAUCAUAUACAAAGUAAAGCAUGUCACUGUGGGAGAAAAUAUUAAUAUAGUACUCUGUAUGUGGUGAAGCAGACAACUUUUAACUUGUUGUGUUUUAUAUUCUUCUAUUCAUUAGUUCUCAAAAAGGAAUCAAAUUUAAAUUUGUGGUGAGGAGAGAUUUAAAAAAAACAUUUUUUUUGCUGACAUAGUAGACGUACAAGUGUACAACACCUUUUAUUUUGAUUAAUAUGCUUGUCUCUUUUACUUGAUUGAUUUAAUAAAGGAAUCAUCUACUCCGUAUAUACUCUGGAUUUCAAACAUUGCAUUUUUUAAAAUUAUGUAUUAUUUUUUUUUUAAAAAAAAAGGAAAAUUUCUUGGUUCAAUUAAAUUUUCAUACGUACAACAUUAGUUAUAAAUUUUUUUUAAAUUUAUCAUGUUGUAGUUAUUCCAUGGCCAACAUCACCAAAAGAGAAUUCGACAUUCUUGAUUUAUCCGGUCAAAGGUACCUGGAAUGGAGGGUUGAUGCACUUGCUCACCUUAAAGCUAAUGGCCUCGAAAAUACAAUUGUUGAGAAUAAUACAUCAUCAUCUCA